AUGGCCGAGCUAGUGGGGCUUGUCGCCAGUAUUGGCGGCCUUGUCCAGAUUGCGGGACAAAUUACCAAACUCAGCUACAGUUACGUGUCGGACAUCAAAUCUGCCCCCAAAACCCAAAAGCUGUAUCUCCAAGAGGUUUCAGCGCUCACAGAUGUGCUUUUUCGAGUAGAAAAGGCAAUAAGAGAGACCGAAACUUCCAGUUUACAACUGCCCUCGUGGCCAUCUUCGCUCAAUGGAGAGGCUCUUCAAGAAUGCCGCCGCCACUUGUCGGUCCUUCACCUUGAUCUCGAUAAGCGGCUACGCCGUCUUGUAUGGCCGUUUCAAGAAAAAGAGCUCAAAAAAUAUAUUGAUCUUUUGCAUCGCUAUCGAGAACUCUUUGUCGAUUUCCUUUCAAUAAAUAUGAUGUUCGAAGACCCAUCUUCUCUUCCAGGCAAACACUUGGAAAGUAAACUAAUUUGCAGCAGGUCCGUUGCCACUGCUACAUACAAAACAGUUACAACCAUCGACCAAGAGCAGAUUAGGCAGUCUCUUUACUCGCUUUUCCCGGCGUCAGAUAACCUUUUACGCGCUAAACCAAACGCUUGUCCUGGAACUGGGCAAUGGUAUUUGAACUCACAAAACGUGGAGACUUGGUGUACCGGAGACCCAUCACUACUAUGGUGCUACGGAGCCCCUGGUGUCGGAAAAACACUACUUUCAUCAAUCACCAUCAGCCACCUAUGGGAUAUGAGAUCAGAGAAUACAAGCUCCGUGGUAUAUGUAUUUUGUCAAUUCUCAUCUCGGGAGCAACAAACCCUCACAGCAAUUUUACAAUGCAUGAUCCGACAAGUGAUCGAACAAGCAGACGAAAAAGUGCUUUUCGCAAUGAAACAUAUGUUCGCCGAUCCAAUGAAGCAGCGUGAGCCUGCAGGCCUCGCUGAAUCUUUUGCAACGUCAUGUGAGCUGAAGCCGACGUACCUUCUAGUUGACGGCCCGGAUGAAGUAACUGGAGCAGAUGGUUUGCUCCCUUAUCUGUCUUCCUUUGUGGAAAAUGGGUGCAAGGUAAUGGUAACGAGCCGAGACCUUGGUCAUAUCAGGAAGGCUAUGCAUUCUGCAACCAAGAUGGAGAUAUGUUCGCAAUCUGAAGAUUUGGAGAUCUACAUCGACUCCCGCUUUCAAAAGAAUGAGCUUUCUCGAGGGGCACAGAAAUUGAUUGGAAAAAUCACAGAAAAGUCGGGGAAUGUGUUCUUACAUACACAGCUUAUUUUGGAUGAGAUCUUAGAUCUCACCACUGUUCGCCAUAUGCAAAAGGCUCUCGAAAAACAGUCGACAGGGUUGAAUCAAGUGUAUCAAUCAACACUACACCGAAUCGACAUGCAACCAAUGGCAAAGAGGGAACUUGCUCGGCGAUUCAUCGGAUGGGUUGUCUUUGCGAAGAGACGUCUAAAAAUCGAUGAAAUUAUCCAUGCCUUCGCCGUUGAAGAUGAUGAGGAUUAUAUUGAAGAAGAUAACUUCGUCAGCCCUGACCUUCUUCUCCGAUCGUGUGUUGGUCUAGUGGUGUUGCAUGAUGACAAGACCGUUGCAAUGGUCCAUGCGACUGCUUACGAAUUUUUCGCAUCCACGGUGUUGCUGCCGCAUGACAUGGAGACCGACAUCGCAGAAACAUGUCUACGCUACAUGUGUCUCAGUCCGUUCAAGGAAGGGCCAUGCGCAAGCCGCGUUGAGAUGUCUCGCCGCUUCCAUGAAAUGCUGUUUCUGGAAUAUGCCUCAGGGCAUUGGGCGAGACAUCUUAAAGCAAUAGAAAAUAUGGGGGAAGAUCUAAAGUCACUUAUCCAGUUUUUGAUUUGCGACGAGAAUCUUCUGAAUGCCGCUGUUCAGGCAUUACACUUCCGCAAUGAGCUCGAGGCUGAUCUGCUGGACUCUCUUUUUGACUCGAUCCCUCAAAAUCAAACAGCAUUGCAUGUCGCUGCUUAUUGGGAUCUUACGGGAACUCUCAGGACGUUGGUCGAAUCAGGGCUAAGUACAUCUCUAGCAGAUACUCAUGGCUGGACACCUCUCCACUACUCUUGUGCAAACAGACAUUUUUCCUCUGCUGAAAUUCUCGUGGGAAGCGGAGCGGAUGUCAAUGCCACAGACAAUCAAGGGUGGACCCCCCUUUUCUGGGCAUCAUUCACUGGAAGCUUAGACAUUGUUCGUCUUCUAUUAUCCAAGCGCGCAAAGUAUACGAAGCGUAGCAAAUAUGGCUGGACAGCAUUGCACUGGGCUAUAUCCCGCGGUGAAACCGAUGUGGUUCUGGAGCUUGUGAAGCAUCACCAAAUGCAUCUAUCGCGUGUUACCAAGGCCGAUAUUCGGACUCUUAGCGUCGAUGAUGUGAGACAACUGAACACACCGGAGAAUAUCUCACCAAUACAAAUAGCAGCCGAGAGCAAGAAUGCUGAAAUAUUCGACUUGCUUGUUGCUCACUUCGAGGCACCGGAUUCUACUGGAGAGGAGGAGUUCCAGAAAAUUUGGUCUAGAGAGAGCUUCAGAGUCCCUGUUUCUCAGAGCAUGUGGCAAAAUUCGAUAAAGGCACAAAUAAAUGACGACUGGAGUCACAAGGCGGAAUUGAUUGCCGGAGAGAAAUACAUAGAGGAGAACCCGAGCAUGUACUUCGAGCAUGAGUUUAUGAAGGAAGAUCCAUCCGCAUGGAAGUCAAUUCUACUUGGCUCUGCCAUUCACGACGCAGAUUUCCAGGCAGCUAAACUAUUCCUCGAACUUGGUGCAGAUGUGAAUUACAUUUCUGAAAAGGGAUCGCUGUUGAGUGUUGCUGCGCACCAGAAAGACCCGCGUUUUGUUCAACUCUUACUGGAAAAGGGUACCAAAGGUCUACACACUGAAACUGAAGAGCCUGCACUGCACAUUGCUACCCGCCAUGGGAACUUGGAAACCAUGAAAGUCAUUCUCGAUAGUGACCAUGCUCAUGUGAAUGAUUGGUAUCAGAGCGAAACACCUUUGCACGCAGCCGCGCGUCAACAAGAUCCACAAUUCGCAUUGCUUUUGUUAUCUCAAGGGGCGCAGCCCGAGCUCCGGGGUUGGGGUGAAUUGACUGCGCUGGAAAUCGCUGUGACGAACGGAUUCGUCGAGACCGCGCAGGCUCUGAUUGAUGGUGCAGAUUUCAAUCACUUGUUCCAGGCCGCCUACGAAGGUGAAUGGCAAACCUGCCUGAUGACGGCCGUUGUACUUGCUAGUGGUGACAAUAGGGAGCCGGGAAAGAGAGCCUCGGGAAUCGAAAUAGCUCGCAUGCUGCUUUCAAAAGGGGCCGAUCCCAGUUUCCAAAAUGAAGAAGGCAGGACUGCUCUUCAUAUGGCAGCAACUUCUCGCAGUGUGGAAUGUGUGGAACUUUUGAUGGCGGCUGGAUGCAACAUCGAGACCGUUGACAAGAUGGGGCGGACUCCAAUCCAUACCAUGAUGGAAUCCGUGGUGCCGAGUUGGGAUGUGGCAGAGGUGGAAGAAGUCCUUCGCCUGUUGCUCCAAGGAUUAUCGGAGGACGUCGUCAUUUCAUUGCUGGCCCAGGAAACGUGUCAGUCUAUUGUUUCCGAGUCCUCGGGCGAUAAAAACAUUCAACUAGACACACCAUUGACUAGUGCAUUGAGGCGGAGAUCUUGGAGUAUAGCUCGUCUCUUGAUGGCUCUUGGAGCGCAGCUCCCCACCGGCUUUAGUUUCCAGCCUAUUAUGGCCGAUGCGGUCAGAGAGCUUGAGUAUCAGAUUGUGGAGAGACUUAUUGAGAAUGGGACGUCACCAGGUGAUGACGCUAUCUUUAAAUUGGUAGAGGGCAUUGUUACCCGAUGUAUGGGUGAGCCUUGCUCUCUGCUUUCUUCGCCUAGCAAGAAGCGCCCAUCUAUGGCUCAGAUCAUGCGUAUAUUUUCAAAGGCAAAGCUUCCCAAGCUUUCAAAACUUCCGCACGAGGAUAUUGCGCAGGCCUCCCAGCAAAUUCUGACUAGUUUGGCGUCGGCGGGCGCAGACGCGAACUUUUACGAUCCAGAAGAAAACACAACUCCUCUUCUGCUCGCAACUGAGAAGAUCCCGAUUGCUCUGGUUACGGCCACUCUAUUGGAGAUUGGUGCUGAUUGCUUCUAUUCCUUUGAGGAUGGAUUUGAUUCCAUUUUAACAGCUGCAGCAGUGAACAACAUAGAGUCACUGUGUUGCCUACUAGCACAUGCCUCAACCUCGCCAAAGCUGGGGCAUUGGACGCAGCAUUUGGAGUAUCAGGCGCGGCUGAGCAACACAGAAAUCUUCGACUGCAUAUGCCUGGCGUUGAAACGCGCUCAAAAGAUAGACUACCAGAACUCAAAAGGUCAAACAUUGUUGCACCUCGCCGCAGAAAAAGGGAACAUCGAUUUGGUCCUCAGUUUGAUCUGCCAUGGUGCCCAUGCAGAUAUACCGGAUGAAGAUGGCUUGUUUCCCAUCCAUUGUGCCGCAUUUUUAGCAUAUGACAAGGGUCGAGAUGAUAAGGAGCGCCGGCAGCCUCGGCAUGAUAUAGUACAGCACCUUCUUCCGAUGAAUGUGGUGAAACAUACUUCCGAUCAUAAUUCCUAUCGCUCUGUUGAGGCUGAAACCUCCCUCCAAGACGCAAAAGUUUGUGAGAAGAUAUCAAACACAGUGAACACAGACGGACACACGAUGCUUUGGAAUGCUUUCCUCUAUCACGACGAGGUUUUGUUUCUACAUCUUAUCGAGCUCGAGGCCGAUUUUAACUCUUGUGCCACAAUUUCUGGAAGCCAAAGCCACCCGUCACUUCUUUACCAUGCAUCUGUUCGUGGGAUGGCAAAAGCAGUGUCUUUUUUGCUAGAAUGCAACGUUGAUAUUGAAAAGGCUGACAGCUGUGGAUGGCGACCACUGCACGGCGCAUCCCACUGGGGCCAGGUUGAAAUAGCCGAAAAACUAAUUACGGCCGGAGCUACCGUCUGCGCUUCCACAACGAAGUUCCAAGAAGAUUCCUUCACGGGUUCUGAUCCUGACGGGGAAUUAUGGAAUGGUCAUCCUCUCCAUUUGGCCGUAAUGGAGGGUGACGUUGACAUGGUUGAGCUUCUUUUGAAGCAUGGUGCAGAUGUGGAUGCAAAGGCAGGAUGCUUUUCCAAAAAGUCCAAUGGAAGAAUAUGUGGACCAACUGCUCUUCACAUAGCAUUAGAUCCACAGACAUGGUAUCCUCAAGACGAUGAAGACAGUCAUGAAGACCGCCAUGAAGAAUAUUUGAAAAUUGCUAGAAAGCUGAUUGAAAAGGGGGCUUCUAUCGAAGGCGUCAUGGAUCAAUUGCGGGUGAAUGAUAUCCCAAAGUUCGAAGGGUUUGAAGAUGUCUGGGAUAAGAUUCGAGGCUCUAUAUAG